AUGGAGGGUUAUGACUUGGGUGUGAGAAAAGGAGCUUGGACUAGAGAGGAAGAUGAUCUUCUGAGGAAGUGCAUUGAGAAUCAAGGUGAAGGAAAGUGGCACCAAGUUCCUUACAAAGCAGGGUUGAAGAGGUGCAGGAAGAGCUGUAGACUAAGGUGGGUGAACUAUUUGAAGCCAAAUAUCAAGAGAGGAGAGUUUGCAGAGGAUGAAGUAGAUCUAAUAAUUAGGCUUCACAAGCUUUUAGGAAACAGGUGGUCAUUGAUUGCUCGAAGACUUCCAGGAAGGACUGCGAAUAAUGUGAAAAAUUACUGGAACACCCGAUCGCGGACGGAUUAUUGCAUGAAAAAGAUGAAAGACAGAGCCCAAGAAACAAUAAAGACCACAAUAAGGCCACAACCAAGAAGAUUCACCAAAAGUUCAAAUUGUUUGAGUUUUAAAGAACCAAUUUUGGACCAUACUCAACGUGAUUGGUGGGAGACCUUUUUUGAUGACAAGGAUGCUACUGAAAGAGCUACAGGUUCUGGUCUUGGGUUAGAUGAAGAACUGCUCGCAAGUUUUUGGGUUGAUGAUGAUAUGCCACAAUCGACAAGAAAAUGA